AUGUACUUAACUGGAUCUGUCCUGCUUUUGGCCACGCAUGUGGAGGAUGUUGAAUAUUUCAGCUGGAUAUCACCAUGGGACAACACAAAGUCUCAAGUCGUGUAUGUUGAUUGGCCCAACGCUUUAGGUAGAGAAAAUUGCUGGGUUGUUUGCCCAUCAGGUUACUUUUUGAAUGGUUUAUAUAAGAAGGAAAACAGUAAAGAUCCACUAAACAAUAUAGAGAAAGGACGAUGUGUUAAGCCAGCAGAUUACCCUACAGACUAUGAACAUCGUUACGACAUUGACACUUCCAGCUGUUUUGAUAAGACAGACCUGUGUGGAUGUAACACGGGUUAUUAUGUUACGGGGUUAUACCAAAGCUCAUGUGAUGGAAUCUUCUGUGUCAAAAAGUUUCGAUGUUCUAAAUUAGCCUCGGGGCCUGAACAGCUUGAUGAACUGUAUAAAGUAAAAUCUCGCAUCAUGGAUUUAACAAUGUCAGGCAUGGCUAAAUUGGCUAAUAAACUUGGUUAUGCUAGGUGUGGAGGUUGUAGAUCCGAGGCGCUAGGAAAAGACUUUAGGAGAGAUGGCGACAAGUGGGUCGCCGAUAAAAGUGGGCGUUGUGAAGGUUACAUGAUCGAUAAACGUUUAAGUAUGGUAUACGAUGAUUGGAGCUUUGAGAUUAAGGAUAUCAUAUCACAUAUGGAACGGCUGUUGUUCAAGAAUUAA